AUGAAACAUCGACAGCAGACACUCGCCAAGACGGCAAAGCCAAUUCGGCGCCGACGAGAUCGCGCUCACCAUUCCUGUCCCGUUGAGGAGUCUAGCCUUUUCCCGCCCCGACGAUGUUCUUUACUUCCGCUGAGAAAAUCGCCUCGACGCAUUCGACCUAGCAUCCAGGAUGUCCAACGGAAUGGUCUACCUCUUUGCGAGGUUGCGUUGUUUCAAAAUGCAGCUAUUCCGAGUCCCUUGGCUGCGAAGCCAGAGAGAGACACUCACCUCCAAUUGAAGGUUGCUUCGCGCACUUCAUCUCUCAGAUCACCCGCCGCGUCAGCACGUUCAAUCCGGUCAAGGUCUACUAGAGCCAGUCUCAAGGACACCUAUGAAGCCCGCACGUGGCGUAACAGGCUGAGGCGACAUUCGAAGAAGUCACCAAGAACACAUGAGCCAACCCCGUGCUGCACAUCAUGCUUCAUUAAAGAGACUCCAAUGUGGCGCGAAGGCCCUUUCGGGUCUCAUACUCUCUGCAACGUCUGCGGUCUUCUCUACGCUAAACGCGAAGCUCGAAGCCGGUCAUUUCUUCUUCAAAGAGACAUCGCUCGAAUGUCGCAUUUGUCUUAA